AAAACAUUUCCUAUUAUGGACUGGAAUGUUGUCGUUAUCAACACAAUAUUCUGGUCGUGAACAUAUGUUCAGUCUGGAGAUUAAUGUUUAUCCUUUUGUAUAUAUUCAACCGAAAACAUUAAAUUAUCCUGGAAAUCAAGUAGUUAAAUGGGAAUCUUUAUUAUUAAGUAAACAAACAUCGCUUGUUGUUAGUCGUGGAGUAAAUUUAACCAGUUUACCAGUUUAUUUAGGACAGACAUUGUUAGAUUCAACACAUCCUAGAGAAUUAUUUGCGCUUCGUGUCACACCAAGAACUAGACAAAUGUCACAUAUCUAUAAAGAUAUAUUUAAUCAUUUAAAAGAGAUCAGUGCAUGUGGUAGCCUAGAACCACGUUUUCAGGGUAUCUAUGACUGCUUACUUUAUCCACUGAUAGGAAAUACUCAUUUAAAAGAUAUCCUUUUACCGGUGAAUUUGUUGUCGAAAUUCCAAUUGACUGGAUAUGAUGUGAUUGGAGAAAACCAAUUAUUAAUGAUAUUGACAAGACCAAUCAAUGUCAAACCAAAUGUCGAAAGUAUUCCACCUUCCUUACCAUCGUCAUCAUCGUCAAUAUUGAAUCCUGUUCAAGAGACACCUAAUAACACAGAAGAAAGUGUUGUUUACUUGCCAUCAGAUGACAAACCAUGCUCACCUUUGUUCAAUUCAAUGUCGGAAGACGCUUAUGUUCCAGCUCCUGUUCAGUUUGACGACAAAGCAUUGUUUAUCGAAAAUAUGAAAAUGGAGGAUAAGACUGUUGAAGCGUUUUCAAUGAAUUCAGUCGGUGAUAUUGAUUUGCGUCCUUUCAUCACAAAUACUGCUAUCAACAAUGCCGACCAAUUAUAUCCUGCUACUCAACAGUGGUACCCACCUUCUACUGAAGAUAUCGAUUAUCGUAAAUUAAUUCCACAACCUGUUAAUCCUGGAUGUUCUACACCACAAGAUGUAUACAAUGUGUCAUCGCCAUCUGUGAAUGAAGAUUACAACUGUAGUCAUAGUAGUAGCAGUAGAAGUGUACCUAGAUUUCAUGCAGAAGCGCCUUUCCGGUCUUCCAUUAAAAAAAUACAUACAAUCGAACAGACCAAUUAUCAACCGGUACAUUCAGUUCGUCACUUAUUACCUAAUCCAGUAAGUAAAAAAGAAUUUUCUGAUACUCGUUCUCCUCUUCUGUCUGCUAAUCAGUUACCAGUCACUGUCAACAUACAACGUUCGAAUCCUUGCGCUCUUUUGCCUACACCAUCUAUCCGACCUUUACGUCGUCCAACCUCUUCAUCAUCAUUAUCAUCACGCCGGUCAUCGCGUAGACCUUCACCGCGUCCAUUGAGGUCUCCACCUUCUAUUGUUUCUCGCAAGAAGCCACCUGUUAUUGUUCCUCAUUACAAUCAUCGUCAUAAACAUCGUCAUUAGCAAAAAAGCAGUUAUUUUCUUUCAGAUGACUUUUUGUUGAGUUAUUCUUCUACUUUUGAAUGAAUCCAAUGUGCAUAUACUACUAACUAUAUCCAUGUGUUUGUAUGUAAACUUGUAUGUAUUUAUUUUAUCUCCUGAAUAUCAUUUCUCUACUAUUUAUUUACAUAUCUAUCCCUGUUGAUUAGCUCACCUAUCAGCCGUAACUGUUAUCACAGCAGCAAUUUCUUCAUACAUUUAUUAUUAUUAUUCCUGUGUUGUUCUACAGUCCUUACUUCAUGCACAACUUUGUAACAGUAAACCAAUUAAGGUGCACAAGAUCUACACUCAUUGUUGUUUUUAAUUAUAUACAUACAUUUACUGUGUGUAUGCAUGUGUGUGUGUGUAAUGUUAUUUUUCAAGACAGUUUUUUUGUUCUGUUUUUCUAGCACACAUAUCUAUUAGUGUGUAUAUGAUUGUGUGCACUUCUUACUAGUUAUUUAAGCCUUGAUUAUUUUGAUAAUUUUUCAUUAUAAAAAAGAUUUAAAUUUUCGAGAGGAAAUUCAGAGUAAAAUGUUUACUAUUAUUAUUAUUAUUAUCACUAUUUCCUUCUCGAUUAUGUACAGUCCUUAAAAUUUAUAAGAUGAAUUUAUUUAUUA